CCCCUUCCGUCAGACCUGUCCAGACACACACAUUCACACCGAGCAGUAAAAUGGCCGACCGUCAACCAACUGACUUUACAGCGCUUUAAACACAGAUUCCGCCUCUUUCGUUUACAUUAUCGUAUUUCAUAUUUAAAAACUAUAGAAGGAGUGUUUUCAUUACUAGCUUUUAGAUUUUGAUGGAGUGUUGUAUUUCACGUUGCCUCAAAACCCAGAAAUUCGCACUUAAGCACUUUAGCUGUAGCUAGAAGACUAGCUGCGGUGCAUGUAAUUCCUGAGAAAGGAGCAUCAGGAAAGGGAGCAGCAGUUCAUGGAAGACAAGAAAAGGAAAAAGGAAGAUAAAAGGAAACGGGAAACCUCACAGAAGGUUGCAGAGCAAAAAAAUAAAGUGCCAGAAUUGACCAAGCCUCCAUCUGCACAGUCUCCUGCCACCCCCAACUCAACUUCCCCCAGCCCUGGCCCCGUCCCCUCUUCAACCCCAUCCGCUGCCACCCCGGCUGCUGGCGCCCUCCCUCAGGGUGGGAACAAUGCUAAGCGGCCGGCGGUGGCCAACGGACAGCCCUCCCCCAGCACACAGAAUUCUCAGCGCUACAUGCCCCGUGAAGUGCCCCCUCGAUUCCGUGGCCAGCAGGACCAUAAAGUGCUACUGAAGAGGGGCCAGCCACCACUGUCCUCCAUGCUGCUGGGGGGAGGCAACAGCGGGGGAGACAGCCCCAAUGAAACAGUGGCUUCUGCCUCAGAAGACAUGCAGGUUUGGAAUCACAUGGAUCCAAGCCAGGGCCCUUUGGGUCCAGCUGCUCCCUCACUGCCCCAUACGUCAUCAUCCUCAUCAAUCGCUGCUUCUUCUUCAAAUUAUGCAAAUUCCAUGUGGGGGACCAGCUCUGGCAGCCAACCCCUCUCUCAGGGCAGGGAAAAGGUGAUAGUGGACCGGUCAGACCUGGAGGAAUGGCCCAGUAUUGCUGCUGGGGAUGGGUCAAAGGCAGGGGAUACAGCAGGUACCGGAGGUGCAGACGGUAGCGGGAUUCUGAAUUGCAGUGCCUCAUGGGGUGAGAGGCAUCUCCAACAGCAAGCUAAAGUCGUGGGAGGAGGGAACGGGAGGAAAGGAGUCAAUUCCGGCAGCCCCUCCCCACCCACAUCCUCUGGUUCACCCAAUGAAUGUAUGCAGUCUGGUAGUGUUUGGGCUUCAUCCUCCCAUGAACUAAUAGGGGGGAAUGCAGUAGCAGCAGGCUCAUUGCCCCCCAUAUCCAAAGCUGCCCCUCUCUCAGGGAGCUCAGAUAGCUCCCUUGGUGUCAGCUGUGGGAUUCCAGGUGCCAAUUUUACCCCUAAUGCCAAUCCUUCUGCUUGGCCAGCCCUGGUACAGGACGGGGCUGGGACAGUUGCAACAGAGGGUGGCUCCUCUUCCCUCCAAAGCUCAUCUUUGUCUGCCAGCAACCCUCUUUCUGUGAAUCAAGCCUCUCAUCAGCACCAACUUCACCAAAUGCAAUCCAGAGACAGAGAGCCACCCAGUGGAGAGUGGGGUGGCGCAGCACUGGAACCAGGAGCAGGACCAAAAAACACAGGGGUGGCAGAGGGGGCUGAUAUGGACUGUGGAAGCACAGGUGGAGGGGACGGCUCCGCUUCCUCUUCCUCCUCCACCAGCUCAUCAUUGUGGAGAGCUCAGCCUUUCCCUGCAAACUCCAAAACGGGUGCCUCAAGAACUGAAUCUUGGGAGGAUGGAGCAGGGGGGAGCUCCGUGUCUGCCGAAGGCGGGAAAGCAUGGGGUUUUGCCAGCCAGGACGAUCGAGGAGAUUUGACAGGGGCAAGUGCGUGGGGAACAGGAAGUAGUGGUCAGACCCCCGGGGUAUCUCAGGGAGCGUGGGGUGGGGACCAUAUGUUGGUUGGGGAGUGGGGGGCGUCCAGUGGGGUUGGGGGUGUCAGCAAUCCAGAUGGGAAAAAUGGCUCCAGCAGUAACAGCAGCAGCAGCGGCGGUAGUGUCGGCAACCCAACGACUUCUUCCUCCACACCUUCAACUAUGACAAGAGCUUGGGACAAUCAGAAAGGAGUUGGGGAUGUAGGAGCAGGGGACUCGAGUGAGUGGGGAGGCCAGGGUAGCAGAGGUGGGGGAGGUACCUCAUCCUCCAGUGGCGGAGGAAACUCCAGAAGUGGCAAUCAGCGCCAUGGCCACCGUACUCAUCAGCCUCCCAACCCUGAAGUGGCCUUACAGAAUCUGCUUAGCCGAUCUGACCUGGACCCCAGAGUGCUGUCCAACUCUGGUUGGGGUCAGACGCAAAUCCGUCAGAAUGUGGCAUGGGAUUUGGAGGGAGGAGGCGGAGCAGCAGCACCAAGUGGGGCAAACUCUUCAUCUACAAUGAGUGCACCUGCCCACGCCCAACCAUACUCUGGUUCUACUGGCGCCACAACUACUGAUCAAUCUUCCUCCCCUAUGCUCCAAGGUGCAACUCUGAAUGCCAACUUGAACUCAAACUCCAUCCUUGGACCACCCUCUAUUUCACCUGGUGAAGGUUGGGACAACAGUAGUAGCAACAGCAGUUCUUCUUUGCAUGCCCGAGGCCCUCCACCCUCAGGUGUCAAUAUCCAAAACCCUGGCGUCUCACAAUCUGGAGCUGGAGGAGUUAAUUCAGCUGGUGGGCAGGGCAAGCCAUCUGGGGGUUGGGGAGGGACUGCUUCAUCAGAAGGCCCAGGGAAAGGUUGGGACAGUGAGGGACAUGAGUGGCGAGAACGUAGAGCAGGGAGCUCAUCAGGUGGGUGGGGAGAUUUCCAAACACAGGGUACUCCAUCAUCUGGAGGAAGUGGCUGGGGGGACAGUCAGGAGGAGAAAAGAACAGGUGGAUGGAAAGAAAUUGUUCGGGGGGAUGCAGGCAAUUGGGGACCGGGAGGUAGCAAUGACUGGGGAGAUAAUGAGCCCAAAUCAUGCAGUGGGGGUUGGGGGGAUGGGAAGGGUGGUGGAGGUACUGGUGGGGACUCAGAAGUGGGUACAUGGGGUAAUUGGGAUGAGAGAGCUCCUAGAGGGGCAUGGGUAGCUGGAGGUACAGGGGUGGGUGGAGACAUGGGUGGAAAAUCUCACCAAGGCUGGGGUGGGAAGAUGCACUCGUCACAGAUGCCAAACAGCCAAUUGGCCUCACAGAAAGGCCCGGCACAGCAGCAGCAGCAACAACAAUCACAGCCUCAGCAGUGUCAGUCGGUGGAAACAGGGGCCAUGCAAGGGGGCUGGGGAAGACCGGCAGGUCCUUCAGUCCAGAGCCAAAGUUCAGGUUGGGCUUCAGGGCCUAUGCCCAAACUUUCCAGUGGCACUGGAGACACUUCAGAGCCCAGCGGUUGGGAGGAGCCUUCUCCACAGUCCAUCAGCAGGAAAAUGGAGAUUGAUGAUGGAACAUCUGCUUGGGGUGACCCCAGCAACUACAACAACAAAAGUGUCAACUUGUGGGAUAAGAACAGCGCCCCAUCUGGCCAGGCACAAUCAGUGUCCCCUCAGCAGGGGCCCCCAACCCUGCAACAGCAGCCACCUGGAAGAAUGCCAGCAAGCCUCGGGAAUAGGGACAUGACCCUUGCACAUUCAACAAGCAAGGGGCCUGGAAUAGCCCCUUCUGGAUGGGGAGGUAGUGGCUCUCCGUCCAGCCCAUGUGUGGACAACGGUACUGCAGCCUGGGGUAAACCUACUGAUGCUGGUUGGGGCGACUCUGAGGACACUGUCAAGGCGUCAGGUUGGGGUGACCCCUCCCCCAAUCCAGUGAAGUCUGGUUCAAAGUCUAUGCAAGAAGGUUGGGGUGAAGGAGAGGGCUCAGUCAGUGCUUCACGUCACUCCAGCUGGGAGGACGAUGAGGAGAGUGGUGGUGUAUGGAACAGCGCAGGUUCCCAAGGCAGCAGCUCCUCCUACAACUCUGGAGGCUGGGGAGCAAAGAAGGGCAACAAGGGCUCCUUGAAGGGUGCAGGAGACUCUUGGAUGAACCCAAUGACAAGACAGUUUUCAAACAUGGGGAUUCUGGGAGAGGACCCCAGUGGUCGUUCCUUGGAUCUAGCCCCUGGUCCUCCACAGGACAAAAAGAUGGAAGGAGAGAAGCGUGGUAUGGGCUUGAAUGAGUACAAUGGAGAGAUGCGUAAAGGAGGACGUGGAGCGGGAACAGGAGCAGUCUUCCGUUCACCUGGUUCCAAAGAGGUGGGGGCAUGUGAACCUGGUCCUUACUAUGACAAGGCGAGUGGUCAGUUGUUUAGUAGCGGAGGUGGGAUGGCACAGUCCAGGCACCAACCAGGGGUGCCGCCCAUCAACCCAUCAGUACGAGCGCAAGUGCCUCAUCAGUUCCUGUCACCUCAGGUGCCAGGCUCUGUGCUGAAGCAGAUGCCUCCUCCCAGUGGAGGUGUUGGAGGUGUUGGGGGAGCCAUCUUUCCUCCACAGCUUUCCCCACAGCACAUUGCCAUGCUCAGCAGCAUCUACCCCCCUCAUAUUCAGUUCCAGCUGGCCUGUCAACUGCUACUACAACAGCAACCGCAACAGCAACAGCAGCAGCAGCUGCUGCAGAACCAGCGCAAGUUUCCCCCAAACAUACGUCAACAAGCAGACCCCCAACAGCUUGCCAGAAUCAUGGCUGUUCUUCAGCAGCAGAGACAACAGCAGCAGCAACAUGUGGGAGGUACAGGGGGUGGCUCCAAACUCUCUCCUUCUCACCUUGGUGGGAGUGGCCCAAAGAUGCCAAUGUCGGACGCCAUCUCACACCCUGGCUUGGCAGGAUCUGUAGCAGACCUGCAUCAGAAAACACAAGGAGCUUAUUCUGGGUUUGGGCCUGGAGUGAGCCUCUCCGGUCUGGAAUUGGGUCCCAUGGUUGGUGGCCCAGCUGGGCUUAAAGACGGUGGGGGGCAGCAGUCUCGUUUCAAGUGGAUGAUGGAAGGUCAUUCCCCAGCCCCCUCACCUCCUGAUAGCAUUCUCCUUAAAAAUGGUCCCAUUGCUGCUCCUCUCAAAAUGAGAGGUGGUUCCCCAUAUUCCCAGUAUGAGAUGCUGGGAGGGGAAGGUUUGGGUGUGCCUCCUCAAGGGCCAUCAGAUCACUGGCACAGAAGUCCUGGAAACAAGAUGGGCACCAAGACUGGCACAUCCAGCUGGCCUCCAGAGUUCCAACCAGGAGUGCCUUGGAAAGGAAUUCAGAGUGUGGACCCUGAAUCUGAUCCCUACAUGACCCCUGGAAGUAUGCUGGGCUCAUCAAUGUCAAGCCUCAACGACACUGAGCACCAAUUGCUAAGAGACAACACAGAAUCAAAUCCCUCCCUCAACACCUUGCUGCCUUCACCUGGUGCCUGGCCCUACAGUGCCUCAGAGAGCCCCCUAAACAAUGCACACAACCCAGCUAAGUACACAGACUACAAGCCCAGCUGGCCACCUGAGCCUAUAGGGCACAACAAGCCUUGGAAGACCAAUCGCAACAGCUCUCAUCUGCCACGCCCACCUCCUGGACUGACCCAUCAGAAGCAGCCCUCCGUUUCUCCCUGGGCGGGAGGAGGCCCACGAUUGGGUAGAGGCUGGGGUGGCUCUGGAGGCGGCCAAGAAAACAGAUUUGGGCCUGGUUCUGCGUGGAGUGAUGGAGGAGCCUCUAAGGGGAGCUGCUGGCUGGUGUUAAGUAAUCUUACCCCUCAGAUUGAUGGCUCCACUUUGCGGACUAUCUGUAUGCAGCAUGGGCCGCUUUUGACCUUUCACCUUGGCUUGACCCAAGGAAGUGCUCUGAUUCGCUACAGUACUCGCCAAGAAGCAGCCAAAGCCCAGAGCGCACUUCACAUGUGUGUUUUGGGUAACACCACAAUCCUGGCCGAGUUCGUGAGUGAGGAGGAGGUCGCUCGCUAUUUUGCACAUUCCCAGGCGGGAUCUGGCGGAAGUGGCAGCGGAGGUGGCGGGGCCGGCGGCGUGGCCGUCUCCGGGCCGGCAGGUGUGACGGGGUCAUCUGGCGCCGGGGCUGUGGGUACAAUCAGCUCUGGGAGUGGCGAGCGAGAACGAUCCGGAGUGGGAAGUUUGACAGCAGGAGGAAGCAACAACGGUGGCGGAACUGGGCCCUCUGGCACUACCUGGCAGGGUUUGGAUGGUACGGGCAGCUCCGCUGACCCAGGCUCUGCCCAGGGAGCAGGCCUGAGCAUUUUUGCCCAGUGGAGCAGCAAUGGUGCUGGCGGCAGUGUGGGCAGCAACACAGGGGUCGUUGAUCCCGGCAGGGCAGGGUUGUGGGGCGGCAUGACUCCAGGGUACACAAGCAGCAGUCUGUGGGGGUCUCCAGCUAUGGAAGAUCGGCACCAGAUGAGCAGCCCUGCAGCGCUGUUGCCUGGAGACCUGCUGGGUGGAGGCGCAGACUCUAUCUGACUGAUGCAGCCACUUACAGACAAAUAGACAUGCAGCAACACUCACACACAAAACAGAUAUAUAAAUAUAACCGUUAUCCUCCUAUAUUAUCACAAACAGACGCAGGAAUAUAGGAACAUUAAUCAGAAUACAGGCAUUUCACGUAUAUGCCUUCUGUCACUCAGAAGGGUGCAUAAUGCAUAAAUAUACAUCCAAGUAUUUAAUAUACAUUCGUAACGCCUAUGUAGACAAGAUUCAAAGGUAAGCACUCAAACAGCAGAUGCAGAUAAACACUUGAGGUCUGAGAAGAAGACCGACUGCAUUACAAAACCUAGCAAAAUGCAUUAAGACAAAAUUAUAUAGAUGACACUGGUUACAAAUGUACACACACUGUCAUUUUUACCUGAGCAGUGUUUCGAGCUCCCCGUAAUCCGAUCUCUGCAUUGUGGAAGAGUGGAGGGGCAGGUUAUGGAAGUAAGGCAGUACAUAUACAUGCGCACACACACACACCAACACAUCCCAUUUCUUCUUACCCUUAAAUGAAGACUUCAGCAAGACUUGAACAGGACAUGCAAACAGUUGGACUUAAAUACUGACUCAACUGGAUGAAUCCUAAACCUUGAGGUCAUAAAGAUCACACUCGCAUACUGAGACGCUCUCACUCAGGCAUGCACUGUAAAGGAGAAACCAGACAAAAAAAAGGACAGAAAUAUGCAUCAUACAAUGUUCGUUGAACGCUCACAUUGUUACGGCUCCAUUUUCAUGCAGACUCAAAUUACUCAAACACUGUUCUGAUGUCUGACAAACUGUAUCUCUUGUCUUUUUUUGUUUUAAAUGAUGGUGAAAUCCAGAAAUGUUUUUUUUUCCCAAACGCUGACCUCGUUUUUUUUUUUCUUAAUUGAGUAUGUUGUCAUAAUGACGAUCACUUGGAUGUUACUUAGCUGUACAAGGUGCCCUUUCUGCCUGUGUGUGCAUGAGUGAAGUCCCAGGUAAAGGAGGUGAUGUUCAGAGUGUUUGCAAGGCAUUGAUGAAUGUGUGGCAGCCAGAGAUUAACAAGCAUGGUGCAUUUACAAAGAUCAGUGCUGGAUUUAGGGAGGUGAGUAAAUGUAUGAGUGACAGCUUAUUUCAGGUGUUUGAUGUCUAUGUGUGCAUGAUACGUAUGCAGGUGUGGCUGUGUGUGUGAGCGAGAGUGUAGACAGCAAGUUCAAGAACAUUGGCACUAAUGAAUAUUUCUUAAGUUGUGGUUUUAGCAGCCUUUUUUGUUUUAUAUAUUGUCUGAAUUGCAAUAAUUAUAAUAAAGAAAAAGAUUUUUUUAGAAGAUGCAACCAACUGAAGGCAUUCAUACUGAAACAUGAAACAUGCCAAACCUUAUUGUACCAAGCUGAGCUGGAUGGGUGUUUUAGGAACACUUAAAAGUUACCAGUUGUUUAUUUUUGUUGUUGUGUACCAUUAUAAAUUAAGGCGGGCUUUAUCACUCGUGUUCAGGUUUUUUUGUUUUUUUUUUGUUUCUGAUUUUACAAAAGAAAUUAAUUUAAAAAAAAAAAAGAACAAGACAAUUAAUAAAGGUUGAAUUUAA